AGGGUGUCAUCCAUGUAUGAUGACACUGUGUUCUACAUGUCUCUUCUUUAUCUUCUCCACUGUUCUACGCUAUUCCACUUCUACACACCAUUAAAUUUCUCAUUCAAUUACCAUCAAUCACCUCCCUCUGCACCCUUCUCCUCUCUUCAAUAUUCCUUCCUAUCCCUUUAACUUCACUCUGCUAUAUAUAUAUGUGUGCUCAAACUCAACAAUAACCCCACUUUUUCUUAGGUUAAAAACUCAGAAACAGUGACUAAUUGUGAAGAAAGAUGAGCAAAAGAGCAAGGAGUCCAAGGUUGGAAGUGACGCUGAACCUGUCCCCUCCAAGGGCAGCAACCUCGGUGGUGUCUUCUUCGGAUCUCUCAUCGGAUUCUUCUUCCACUUCGUCGCAGGUUUCUGUCCAAUCGUUGGAGAGUUCGUGCGUGUCUUGUGAAGCUGAAGAAACAAGGGCCAUGCUUCUCGUAGGUUGUCCUCGCUGUCUCAUGUAUGUUAUGUUGUCUGAGGUUGAUCCCAAAUGCCCAAAGUGCAAGAGUACUGUGUUGCUUGACUUCCUCAACAAUGAAGAAAACAAUAAGAAGAUUCAUUAACCACUGCACCGAAAGAGGUUUUUGUUGUUGUUAAUUAGGUUUUCUUUGGUCGUUAAUUACUAGAACAGAAUUGCCAUUUUCCUCUCAGUUUUCUUGUGAAUUUGGGCUUUGCUGCUAUUCCUGUACAAGAUUAAUUAUGGGAAGAGAAUUUGAGUUUGAGUUAUAUGCAGGGAAGAUUUCUUUUUCAGUUUUGUUCUACUUGUUAUAUA